UUAGGCAAUCAGCCGAAUAGUAAUUCACUUUCAAUGUUUUUUUCUUUUGAUGUCACGAUGAAAAAGUUUAGUUGAAUCUUUCCCCUUUUUCACAAAAGCGGUUGCCACAUCAGUGAGGUAUAACACUAUUUUGGAUUGCCUUGUGCUUGUUUUGAAAGUGUUUACAGAAAGGGUAUAGCCCUAUUUUACAGGCGUUGAACACACUGCAGACUUUUCCUUCCGUGCAACAUAGUAGCAGCAGCGCUGUUACCCCAGUUGUAUGCGCGAAGAACAGUCUUCAACAGUCUUCAAUGGUGUACGGAGAAAGACUGAAACAAUCGAGUGCAGCAGUAGAUUGUCAGUGGAGCUCUAUCACUACUACAAGCAAGACAUACGCAAGCUGAUGGUCCCGGAGGAGGCAUUCUCCGUUGGCGACAGGAGAUGCGGAUGAAACAAGUGAUAAGACAGAAGAACUUUCAAGCCCCGGACUGAUUGCUGUUGUAGCCUAGGCACUGGCAAUGCUCGUCAUAAAGUUACAUUUUACGCGUUAAAGCCCCUCUGUUUUACUAUUUUGGUUGACGCACUACGCCUCAGCCCAAGUCCACAGACCAAUGGCUUUUCUAAUAAAGAAGAAGAAAUUUAAGUUUCAGACGCAUUUCACGCUCGAAGAACUGACAGCCGUGCCUUUUGUGAACGGGGUUCUAUUCUGCAAAAUCAGACUGUUGGACGGUGGAGACUUUGCCAAAUCGUCCUCAAGGGAGGAGGUGCAGGAGAAUUGUGUUCGCUGGAAGAAGAGGUUCUCCUUCGUCUGCAAGAUGAGCGCCAACCCCACCACUGGUAUCCUGGACCCGUGUGCUUGCAGGGUCUCUGUUCGAAAGGAGUUGAAGGGAGGAAAGGCGUAUGUAAAGCUGGGCUUUGCAGAUCUGAACUUGGCGGAGUUUGCUGGAUCAGGCUCCACUGUGCGCUGCUGUUUGCUGGAGGGCUACGACACCAAGAACACUCGACAGGACAACUCCAUACUGAAAGUGACCAUUGGAAUGACCCUGUUGUCUGGAGAUCCGUGUUUUAAGACCCCUCCCAGCACGGCCAGGUCCAUCGCGGUGUCGGGCAGAGACACGUCCCUGCAGCUGGACUGUAAGGGGGAGGGGACGGGCGCCGAGAUGCCGUCACGCCUGGCCAAGCAGCGGCCCUCGGUGCUCAGCACAGGUCUACCAGAGGAGGGGGAGCUGAGUGCCUCCAGUCCAGAUGAGUCCUUCCACACGGGUCACUCCAGAAACUCCAGCUACGCAAGCCAGCAGAGCAAGCUCUCGGGUUACAGCACAGAGCACUCGUGCUCGUCCAGCCUGUCUGACCUGACGCACCGCAGGAACACCUCCACAGGGAGCAGCGCGUCGGGGGGGUUCAGCCACAGCACAGACACCCCCCCAGAGGGAGAGCUGCGCCCAGAGAGACCCCCCCGGCCCCCCCGACCCGUGCUCCCCACCAACAGGCCCCCCAGGAGGAAGCAGGACUCGGUGGAGAGCCACCCCUCGUGGGUGAACGACACCCGCAUGGACGCUGACGACAUCGUGGAGAAGAUUGUCCAGAGUCAGAACUUUGCUGACAUCAGCAACACUGAAGACAGCAACCUGCGUCUGUUCGUCAGCAGGGACGGCACGACCGCUCUGAGUGGCAUUCAGCUGGGCAACAGGGGGACCGCUGGCGUGUACGAGCCCGUGGUGAUCGAGACCCAUUAGGCUCCAGAGGGUCCAGCUGGGACGCUGAGACAUGUCAGUCAGCACCAGAACCACUGGACCUGGUUGUCUGUCUGUCUGACUCACUGUCUGUCUGUCUCUGUCUGUCUUUCUGUCUAACUGAC